AUGAGGCUGCUGUGGAAGUACCUGGACAAGGUGCGCUGGCUCCGCAAGCGGUCGGCCAUCCCCCUGCUGGGCGUGCUCGUCACCUGCCUGCUCUUCCUCAACCUCUUCAUCGAGGACGGCUACGUCCUGGAGGAGGAAAGGAGGCAGCUGAGAGAGACAACGAUUCACCAGCUGAACUCGGAGCGAUACGUUCACACCUUCAGGGACAUCUCAAACUUUUCUGGAACUAUAAAUGUCACGUACCGCUACCUUGCAGGGUCACCGCUCCCGCGGAAAAAGUACCUCACCAUCGGCCUGUCGUCCGUCAAGAGGCAGAGGGGAAACUACCUCAUGGAGACGAUAAAGUCCAUCUUUGACCAGUCGAGCUACGAGGAGCUGAAGGAGAUGGUGGUGGUGGUGCACCUAGCAGACUCAGACCUGGCCUGGUGCGAGAGUCUGGUGCAGGACAUCUCCAGGAAGUUCGCCCACCACAUCAUCGCCGGGCGACUGCUGGUCAUCCACGCCCCGGAGGAGUACUACCCCUCUCUGGACGGGCUGAAGAGGAACUACAACGACCCGGAGGACCGGGUCCGGUUCCGGUCCAAGCAGAACGUGGACUACGCCUUCCUGCUCAACUUCUGCACCAACCUCUCCGACUUCUACAUGAUGCUGGAGGACGAUGUGCGCUGUGCCAAGAACUUCCUGACGGCCAUGAAGAAGGUGGUGGCCUCCAGGGAGGGCUCCUACUGGGUGACGCUGGAGUUCUCCAAGCUGGGCUACAUCGGGAAGCUCUACCACGCCAAGGACCUGCCCCGGCUGGCCCACUUCCUGCUCAUGUUCUACCAGGAGAUGCCCUGCGACUGGCUGCUGAUCCACUUUCGGGGCCUCCUGGCGCAGAAGGACGUGAUCCGCUUCAAGCCCUCGCUGUUCCAGCACAUCGGCUACUACUCCUCCUACAAGGGCUCGGAGAACAAGCUGAAGGACGACGACUUCGAGGAGGACUCCUUCGACAUCCCCGACAACCCGCCCGCCAGCCUGCAGACCAACAUCAACGUGUUCGAGAAGUACGACGCCACCAAGGCCUACAGCAACGUGGACGAGUACUUCUGGGGGAAGGCGCCGUCCACGGGGGACUUCUUCCUCGUGGUCUUCGACCGGCCGGCCAAGGUGAGCAGGAUCAAGGUGGCGACGGGCUCGGAGGACCGGCAGAACGACGUGCUGCGGCACGGCGCCCUGGAGGUGGGCGAGAAGGUGGUGGGCACCAAGCGGGGGAAGCAGUGCGCCUCCUACAUCACGCUGGGCGAGUUCCGGGGCGGCAACAUCGAGGCGCGGGACGUGGACCGCAGGAUCGCGUUCGACGUGGCCUGCGUGCGCAUCGUGGCCACGGCCGGCCAGAAGGAGUGGCUGAUCAUCAGGAGCGUGAGCGUGUGGACUACGCCGUCCCCUUCUCUUUAG